GCGCUCGAUAAUCCGUCAUGUUUGAACGAAUUCGACGCUUCGUUACGCAAUAAUAGUUUGUAAAAUCUUAACGUGGACCGGCAAGUAGCACGUGUCUAUGCUUAGGAAAGCGAAUAACGCAUAGGUCCCAUUUUUUACAAAUUUUUCGCUAAACAAGUUCUGGAAAUGGCGUUAGCAUCGAUUUGUCGACUGUCAAUUGAUUCGACCUUCAGCCGUUUGAACCAUUUGGGAGCCACCGCCCGCCGCAGUAAGCCGUCUUUCUCAGCGUCUCUAAGAAGCUUUGCUACUACAGUUGAGAAAAUGGGCCUGACACGCGUUUUCUUCGAUAUGAGUGUGGACUCAAAACCCGCGGGCCGCAUCGUUAUGGAGCUAAGAAACGAUGUUGUCCCAAAGACGGCUGAGAAUUUCCGUGCUCUUUGCACAGGCGAGAAAGGUUUUGGUUACAAGGGUAGCAGCUUCCACCGGGUGAUUCCUAAUUUCAUGUGUCAGGGUGGUGAUUUCACUAAACAUGAUGGCACUGGUGGUAAAUCCGUCUAUGGUACUAAGUUCCAAGAUGAAAACUUCCAGCUGAAGCACACCGAAGCUGGAAUUCUUUCUAUGGCUAAUGCUGGCCCUAAUACUAAUGGUAGCCAGUUCUUUAUUACAUGCGCUAAGACCGGCUGGCUGGAUGGAAAGCAUGUUGUAUUUGGGAAAGUAAUUGAAGGGAUGGAUGUUGUUAGAAAGUUGGAAGCAUUGGGUAGUCAAAGUGGCAAGACCUCGAAAAAAAUCACUGUAGCUGACUCUGGAGAGCUGUAGAAUGACUGACAUACUUUAUUGACUAUUUGCAUUUUUAUUUAGCCAUUACAUACAUUUAUCAUUAUCUUCAUUUAACACCGAAUAUAUAUGUCGGAUUUAGGCCGAUUGGAUCACCGUCCUUCUCAAUAAUUAUCAAAUUUCCAUCAUUGUUUUUCAGUAUCUAAGUGAUGAAUGAUUGUCUUGGGUGGGAACGCAAUAAAUGAUAUUGGCAAUAAGAAUGUGUCAAAUAUGAGAUAUUAUCUGAAAUGAGAUCGAGUAAAUAGUUCUGUAAUUGAAAAUGAAAGAAUAGUUAGAGAUCAAACUUUUGUUCUCUAAUAUCAUUCAAUUUUUUGUGAGACGCACAUACAAAGAGCGUUUGGACCAACUUCCGCUUACGCUAUUCUUCCAUCGUUAAACCAUUAAAAAUUGAAAUUCAAUGUUUCAGAAAAUUGAAUAACGUUUUCAAUACUCCCAUUUAUUUAUUAUUGUUAACAAGAUCGAUUUCAAUAUAUUGCUUAAUGCACAUACCCGUUCCAGAAUCUCAUCAACCUUUUAAUUGCGGUAAAUUUACACCCAAUCAAAUGGAUCUAAUAGUUACACUCUUCGGGAUAUCGUUCAUUUUUAUACUUGCAUAACAUCACUUUAUCUAUGAUAUACAGUUAUCAAUGACAUGGCUUUAUUUUGUCAAAUUAAAUGUAGAUAAUAUCCUGGCAAUAUUAUACUUUAGUAUAUUAGAACAUGAGUGUUGAAGAGUGUAGUUGUACCAUUUUGAGCAAUUCCAAUUUCUACGAAAUAAAAUUGUUUUCAGAAAA